AUGAGUUAUCUUAUGAUUUUUGACCCAAAAGGUCCCAAGCAAGCAUCAGUUGAUGAUUUUGGUAACCCAAUCUACCAAAUUUGGAAGAUUCAUGAUAAAUGGAAUAGAGAAGAUGGAUCACUUCCAGUCUCUCCCUCCCGAUCCAACCAUUCGAACUUGUCCGAUCCUAUGGAUAUCGACACGGAAAAUCAACCGGCAGAACAAUUGAGGGAAUCUCGGUACUAUCUUUACUAUUCUGAAUUCGACGAUGCAUUUAAAGAGAUGAUCAACAAUUUCGACCAGGUAGCAUUCGAAGCUAUAAUCAAUUCCAUACUGGAAAAAUUUGGAGAAGAACUUGAAGCCAUGACAAAACAAGCUAUAGCCGAAUUAAGACCAGGUAGGAAUUUACCAAUGGUUGAUACCAACGGUGGAGAGUAUGCCGACAACCCUAGAAUGAUACUUGAUGCUUAUUCCAAACGACUUAUUGAAGCACAUUCAAAAGGUUUAAGAGAAUUGGUAGAUGCUGCUUUGGAUCUAAAAGGUUUACCUUGUGAUAAAUGGGUAGAUGGUAAUAUUGAGGUAAUGAAACUCGAACUACUUUUCAUGUCGGCAUGUAUUCAUCCUGAUGUGUUGAAACAUCUUGUACAAGGAGAUUUACCAAAAGCUUACUCGGAUCCCUUGAUGACAUCCAUGAGAGCACAUAUGAUAUCUAUGAUGGAAGGCAAUAAGAGGGAAAAGAGGAUUUUUAUUCAUAUUCAUUACUUGGUCAACGCAGUUGGAGUAUCCCCUUCACCCUCACAAUUGGAACAUGUUUUAAACAUAGCUAACAUAUAUAUUAGGGGAUUUGGUAAACCUAAUGAUCAUGCAUCAUAUCAAAUUUCCAAAAAGAUUGAUGAAGUUAUUGGUAAUCACAAGGCUGAACCAGAUGGAAAGAGAAGAUAUGUCAAGGGUGAUACUCAAUAUAAAGUUAUGAAUGAGUGGGCUUCACUUGUUCGUGGAAGAAUUGAGUUUGAUAAACUCAAAAAUCGAUGGGAUAAACCAUUAACUCGUUUAAUUUCCGAAGUCGGAUUUGCAUCAAGUCUUCAACCUUUAGAUCAACAUAGAAAGCAUGUUAGUUCUAAUUAUAUUAUGAAUUUGAUUGAAGCUAUCUUUGCAACGGAAGGUGGUAUUUACAAGAAUCAUCAAUAUAUUAUUUUUGAUUGUAUUGAACCAAGCCAUGGAACAUUUGGAGAAAUUUUAUGUUCAAGACAUGCUCAAGCUUAUUCAACACAUGGUGGAGGAUUUUCUCAUUUCGUUGCUGGUGUAAGUGUUGCGAAUUCUUAUAAGCAUGAAGAGCAAAAUUGGUCUUUAGCUAAAGAAGAUUUAUUGAAAUCAAGUUGGUUUAAACCAAGUAUUCGAAAGGAGACGAUGAAAUUAUGA